CACAUAAAGCACACUCCUCAGAGGGAGAGAGAGAGAUGGACAACAUGGAAGAUGAUGAGAAGCUGGUUCAGAUGGUCCAGGACUUCAUCGAAUCUGAUGACUACCCAUCAUCGCCAUCAUCAUCAUCAUCAUCUUCCGCCCAGUGCUUGCAAGCUUCUGACAAUCAUCACCAGUCCUAUUACUUUGCCUUGAGGGAUGUGCUUGAAAGCGGAACACGAGCUGAGGUUGAUGUCCUCAAGAGUGUGUUGAAGCACAUGAGACACAAGAGGGACACAGAGAAGACCACGGGCUUGAAGAGAUGGUUGGUGAGGAGGCUGAAGAUGGAUGGCUUCCACGCUUCUAUCUGCCACACUUCUUGGGUCACCUCCUUCUGUUGCCCCGGCGGGGACUAUGAGUACAUCGAUGUGUUGACCAAAGAUGAGGAUGAUCAUCAGAAUCAUCACCAGCACCAUCAAAUGAAGAGGCUGAUAGUGGACGUGGACUUCAAGUCUCAGUUCGAAGUGGCAAGGCCUACAGAGAGCUACAGGGAGCUCACAGACACGCUGCCAUUGAUCUUCGUUGGGGACGAGGUCAAGCUCAACCAGAUCAUCUCCCUCCUCUGCUCAGCGGCCAAGGAGUCGCUCCGAGAGCGAGGCCUUUACUUGCCUCCAUGGAGGACCACCACUUACAUGCUCUCCAAGUGGCUCUCCGAGAGCUGUCUCCGAGACCCAGUUUCGAGAACCAUCAGAACUGCCAGUGGUGCUUCGACCACAGGCAACAGAAAAGAUGGUGAUCAUGGGCACAAGAUCAAGAACGGUGCUUCUUUCUUGCCUAAAUCUACGGUGAAAUCCAAGAACGGUGAUCUGGGUAAUCGCGGGUCUGGCCUGUCUAGCGAAUUCUCUAACAUGAGCAUCAACUGCUGCUGAUUAGAGUGCUUAAUUAGGACUUGUGAUGUUUGUUUUGGACAAGGAAGCUGUACCAAAUUUUGACGAAUUUUGGGUUGGUGAGUGAUUUGUGUCGAAGUGAAGAGGGAAAACGUAAUCUUUUUUUGUCGACGAGUUGAUGGAUAUUGUAACCGGUUAUUUUCCCACAUUAACUGGUGAAUAAGCCUUUCUUCAAUUGUCUAAACAAUUUGUU